AUGCCUAAACAUCGGAAAGGCAGUCGUGGGGUUGAAGCGAGGGGCAUCAGCAACUUCCUGUACGAGUGGCAAAGUGAAGCAACAAGCGCUGCCCGGCGGCCCUACGCGCCCCGGAGAUAUGUUGAUCCCGCUGUGCUGAAGCGUGCGUACAUGCUGCAUAACUUUCAGUUUGUGCUUCGGCCUGACGCUUACGAGAUGAGGCUGACACCGGGGCUUCCGCGGGGAAACUGGAGGUUGAGCAACGUGCUUUACUCAAGCGAUGCGGCACCGCCGUGGGACGCUGUCACCGCUGUCGUGGUGCGUUGCACGAUCGACCAAUUUCAGUGUCCUAUUUGUCUUGAAGCGCCAACGGCCGCGCGGGUUGCCGACUGCGGCCACGUCGUUUGCCUCCCCUGCAUGUCGCAGUACUUAUCGAUGCUCAAGCAGGAAAAUAAGCAACGCACCUGUCCGGUGUGUCACAACUUUGUGACACUGAACAUGCUUCGGCCGUGCAUAUUUCGACCAGUUGAACUCUUAUAUUGCGGUAACCGUGUCAGUUUCACCUUGCUUAGGCGACGCGGGGGUUGCUGCGUGCUGCUGCGACACGAUGACACCCGCUGGGGUGACACGGCACCGCUGGAGGAGGAGUUGCCGCUGCCCUACCCGCAGGAACCAUCGGCAACGUUCAGCAGGUACAUACUCGCCACAGCGGAGAGCGAAAAUACGCAGCGACGCCUCGAUUGCACAGCCAUAAUGGAUCAGCUGAGUCAACUCAAUGCACAGCCCAGACCAUUGUCGCAGUUUGACGACGCGGUUCUGUACUUUGCUGAGAAGGCGCUUGAAAUGGUGCUCCAGGAGGGCGACUCUCAGUCCCUGCACACAACCACGCGCAACUCGCCUCCGAUCGCCCCGAAGCACCCAAACUUGGAUGGAGAAAAAAUGUAUUAUUUGUACGGCGAGUCGGAGGGGCGGCCGUAUUACAUGCACCCUGUCUCUUUCAAAAUGUUGCGAGAUGAUGCUAACACUCGUGGGACACCGCUGCUGGGCACUGUGGAGGCCCCAGUGGAUGAAAUUGUGUCCUUUACGCAGGAUGAGGCGUCCAGGAAACAUUACAAGGCAUCCGCUCAUGUGCCGCUUCACGGGACAAUCAAGUUUUGCCUGCUCGACCUUUCGGAUGUGGUGCUGCCGUCGACGCUAAAGGCCUUUGAAACUACGCUUGCGCGGAUGCGGGAAGCCCGGCGGCGGCGUGAGGCAGGCAGCGACAGCGGUGGCGAAGAUGUCUCUUGGCAGGCCUACUUGCGCCGCUAUCGUGCCGUCAGCCCCCCGCAGACCUCCGACUCUGGCUUCUCGCCGGAGCUCACCUUUUCCGACUACUCCGGAGGCUCUGACCCGACACUGUCGCCUGGCAUUACGGCGUGGAGCGAACCUGGUGGACUCAGCGGCGACUCUUCGCUCGAGACGCGGCAACGUGCGACAAAACGGCAAGAAAUACCGAUUGCGAGCUGCUGGACAACAGAAAACUCGCGGCGACUCUUCGCAACGCCACCGAUGCGGCCAGCCAAGCCAACGUGGGGCGGCCACGUCCUCCAUCUAUACCAGACCCCCUCCACUGGCUCGCAUCCGUCCCGGUAG